AUGGUUGCAUCAUCUGAUUCACAACCAUCACAUGAUUCACCAAGAGAGCCUGAAACUUCAUGUAGAGGGAAAACAGACAUUGCUUGGAAGUAUGCAAUGGAAGAGAAAGAUCCACUGACUAAGAAAAGAUCCAUAACAUAUUUGGUUUGUCUGAAAAAUAUUAUCGGUGGAGGAAUUAAUAGGCCGAAGAUGCAUCUUGCUGGACAAAGAGGGGAAAUCACACCUUGUAAAAAAGUUAGUCUAGAUGUUCGAUAUCAAAUGCUAGAGUCAUUGAAAGAGACAUCUACAAAGAAGCGACAAAGAGAGGUUGAGGCUGACGACGACCAGGAUAACGAAGUUCAGGAAAUCGAAGAAGUUCAAAUGAAUAUGCAAACUUCUGUGCCCAUAACAAGAAAUAGAAAUAGAGGUAUCAUGAGGGUCGCAGGGGUAGCUAACCAAAAAAGCACAGGAAUAGGUGGAUAUUUUGCACCUCGAACUGCUCCUGCUUCUCAACCGUCAAAAAGAAGUGCACUUGCGAGCAAAGAACUUAUGUUGGAUGCAGUCGUUGCAGUUGGUCUUGGAUACAAGGCUCCUUCAUAUGAUGAUACUCAUACUAAGUUAUUAAGAUCUAUGGUUAAAGAAGUACGAUUAUUUUUUGAAAGUUUCCGCAGGUUUUGGGAAGAUAUAGGUUGCACUAUUACGGUAGAUGGUUGGAAAGAUACAAGUAACCGCAGUUUAAUUAACUUUUUAGCUGAUUGUCCAAAGGGAACUGUUUUCUUAAAAUCAGUGGAUGCUUCUGACAUGGUGAAGACGGGAGAAAAUCUUUUCAAUUUGCUUAAAGAAAUGGUUGAAAUUGUAGGUGAACAACAUGUUGUUCAAAUGGUAACAGAUAAUGCUAGCAAUUAUGCACUUGCUGGAAGAUUGUUAGAAGAAGCAUUCCCUAAUAUGUAA